AAGGCGUGGUGUUGGGAGGUGUGGUGGGAAGUGGCAGAGAGCUUCGUGACCCUGUUGCCCUCCCUGGUCCGGAGAUGGGACGGGGAUGGGGGAGUCCACCAGCGACGGUUCCAGCAGCGUAGGUCACUCGUGAGUUGCUGCCGCAAACGCCCCGGAUCUCCGUGCCUUGGGAGCAGGGUAAAUAAGCGGCAGAGUUUCCACAAACCCUACCUGGCCCGCAGGUUGAGUGGAUCCGGCCCGCCACAAGUCAUCAGAUGUCUCUCGGUGUUGGUGUCACCUUCUGCGCCGCUUGGACUGUCACCUGAGCGGGAGGAAGCCACACGCGUGGACAUGUCUUUGCUGAGCGCGAUUCUUUACAUUCACCUCGGGUUGUUGGGCGGGUUCGGAGAGCUUCAGGACCACGGACAGCUCAGCCCCGAUCUCUCAGCGGUCUGGAAUGUGUCUCAGAUCUCGGCCUUGGCCAGGUCCUCGGAAGGCGGCUUGGACCCGGAGACUUCAGACGCGGCCACCCGAUUCCUCUACACCGGAGAUUCGGCCAAACUGUUGCAGGUAAAUUGCAGCAGGCGGGUAGAGAUCAGAGGUAUGAAAGGCGAGGCAGCCGUCAGCCUUCACCCCGUGGUCCACGGCGCCAUAGACACCAUGGUCCACGCCACCAACUUCCUCAACUUGGUCUUCCAGACCAAUGAUAUUAGGGAAUCUAGUGUCAAGGAAGACAUCGAGUGGUACCACGCCCUGGUCAGGAGCAUCGUUGAGGCAGAUCCCAAAAUCUACAGGGCGCUCCUUACUCUGGAUGUCCCGGCCACCCCUUUCAAAUCCCAGCUGGUGCUCCAAGCAACCAGGACACAGGAUGCGAUCUUCCUCCAAGACCUCUCCCGCUCGCACUACCUGGAGAACAGGACCUCAGACAGCGAGUGGUUCCACGGGCUGAAGUACCAAAAGGUUCCUCAUCUCAACAAGAGGCUCUUAAACAAUGAUCUUCAAACUCUGGAGACCCCCAAAUGGAGCCAAGGAGACAGUUACAUGGUCGAUAAAAGCCACGUUAAGUGGUCCAGCCCUUUCUUGGACUGUGUGGGCGAAAAACUAAUCCCCAAGUGGAUGGUGACCAUGUCCACCUCAUUCUACGGAUUGAAACCCGACCUCAGUCCGGAAUUUAAGGGUGUGGUUCGGAUUGACAUCAACCUAGAGAGUCUGGAUAUUGACCAGUGUUCCACUGGAGAUGGAUGGUUUGCAGAUACCCAUUGGUGUGAUGUCAACACCACAGAGUGUUCUCCACUCAAAGGACAAGGGUUUCAACUGGGAGCCUAUCAGUGCGUCUGUAAAGAAGGAUACUACAACCCUAACCUUAUCUCAACCAACACCAAUGGUAGGCAGGAGGAUGAGGACGUUUCCUUCUUCAGUCGGUUUGCGGUUGACAAACCCAGGACACUAUUCCAGUGCCUGCCGUGCGAGAAUGGCUGCAGUUCCUGUGUCAGUGACGCUCCCUGCUUCACCCAGGAGGACAAGCACUUACGAUUGGCUAUUUUGUCAUUCCAAGCUUUCUCCAUGCUGCUUGUGUUCAUCAGUAUGCUGGUGGUCUAUUGCUUCAGAAGAAACAAGAGAAUCAGAGCAUCAGGACUACUCCUGCUGGAGACAAUCCUCGGAGGAUCUAUCCUGCUAUAUUUUCCAGUAUUUAUCCUGUAUUUCCAGCCCAGUGUUUUCCGGUGUGUUAUCCUGCGAUGGGUGAGGAUGCUGGGAUUUGCGAUCAUCUAUGGAACCAUAACAUUAAAGAUUUACAGAGUGCUGAAGGUAUUCCUGUCCCGCACGGCCCAGCGGGUGCCCUACAUGACCUGCUGCAGGUUACUGAAGAUGUUGGGUGUCAUUGUGCUAACGGUCUGUUGGUUCCUUGUUGCCUGGACCAUGGCAGCGUGGGAGAACAUGGAGCGGAAAAUCCCACUGGUCACCCAGUCACAGACUGCAGAUGGACAGAGGUUUAAGAUGUGCCGGCUGGAUCGAUGGGACUACAUGAUGGCCGCUGCUGAAUUCCUCUUCCUUUGCUGGGGCAGUUACCUCUGCUACACCGUACGAACAGUGCCAUCAACGUACCAUGAGCCACGUUUCAUGGGCCUUGCCAUCCAUAAUGAAAUCCUGAUGUCUGCUGCCUUCUAUGGCCUCAGGUUCACCAUGGCGACCACUCUUCACCCAGAUUGGAUGCUUCUGCUCUUCUUUGUUCACACUCACCUUACUGUCACGCUGACUCUAAUUCUGCUCCUCAUCCCCAAGUUCCUCCACGUGGGAGUGCCUCUGAGGGAGGACAUUGUGGCCGAGGUGUACGAGGAUGAGCUUGACAUGCGAUGCUCUGGUUCCUAUCUCAACAGCAGCAUCACAUCUGCCUGGAGUGAACACAGCCUGGACCCAGAGGACAUCAGGGAUGAGCUUAAGAAGCUGUAUGCUCAACUGGAGAUCCAUAAAACAAAGAAAAUGACUGCCAACAACCCACACCUUCCAAAGAAGAGAAGCUCCAGGAGGGGACUUGGCCGGUCCAUCAUUAAACGCAUCACUGAAAUUCCUGACUCAAUGAGUAGGCAGUGCAGUAGGACUGAGAGGGGUGGAUCUAUUGGAACAGGGAGUUACUCUGGCUCUUACAAGAAGAAGUUUAAUGAGCCUUCCAGCUCCAGCAUGAAAGUCAAAGAAGAUUCCUUCAAGCAUCGAGUUUUUUCAAUAAGGAAGUCACACAGUACCUAUGACCACAUGAGGGGCCAUCGGGAUGGUCACACUGGAAGAACAGAUUCCUCCAGUAGGGAUCCUUCCCUGCUGGAUUCUCUGAUGAGGAAGAAACUGGCAAAAAAAGCCUCGGAAAGAUCUGACACUGAAUCGUUGGAUGCAGCUCCGUUGGUGUGCAAGUCGGCUAGUGCACACAACCUAACAGUGGAUAAGCCCUCGUUACCCUCCAAGCCUGGCACCCUGCAGAAAUCUCUCAGUGUUGUUACCUGCGCAAAAGAAAAGGCGCUGAUGCUCACCAGGAGGAGUGAAGAGAACUCAAAACAGGUGGGAGAGAGAGGUCAAAAGAAGCCGUCGACCAAGCAUGCAUCAACCAGCCUCCAGCUCCCCACUGUUGUGACACAGCCGGAAGAAGCAGUUAAAACAUCCAACUCAGAGAGGCAGCAGCCACCCGCUGAAGGAACAGCAAGGCUCCACUUACAGGAUGGUCGCAACAGGAGUCCGGUUUACUCCCCAGACUCUCAGAACCUGCAGCCUCCGUCUUCCGAGGCAAAGUUCCACAAGCACGUCACCUAUGAAACAAUCAAGACCGGUGGUGUUGAUAGAUCGCACUCAUCGGGAAAGCUAGACCACAGAAAGAGAUCCAUGGAUUUGGAGAGGAAGCAUCAUAGCUUUCGUCACACUGGUCCAGGCAGUGCUCAGGGUGGGGAUGUGAAGGAGACGACAACAAUUCGGAGUGAACCCGAGGUGACAACAGGUAAGCGUUCUGGAGCCAACAUGUCCUCAAGAGUUGGUAAAUCAGUUGAAUCUUUAAAACCAGAAUCCAUUCAUCCGGCAGAGCAUGAAGAGGUGCCCUCCAAGACUAAUAAAAUUCCUUCUGAAAAGAUGGGUCAAGUCAAAACAGGAGAGAACAAGCGAGAAAAAUACAUUUCACUCAUAAAACAAGCGUCAACCAACAGUGCAAUUAUCUGUCCAUGGGAUGUAACGGAAGAAGAUUCAUUGACACCGACCAUAGGUGUGGACCAGAAGAAGGGGCGGUCUCUGUCUGUUUGUACUGUGGCUCCAGAUUCACUUAUGCAUGGCUCCUUCAAAACAAAGGCCACGAAUCUCUCAUUAAAGCAGCCUAAAGGAUUUGGACUGUCUUUGAAACAUCUCGUGACACCAGGAAAGCUGAAAGGCAGCAGAAGAGAGAAGUCCACAAAAGCGGGUGAGAAAGGAAAGGGCAGCCCUGACAAGCAGAAGGGAAGUAUAACAGAGGCAGUGGGUUCAAUGGGUAAAUCUACGUCUACAGAGUUCUGUCCGCGAGAAGGAGAGAACAAGAGCAAAGAAGAAAAGUUACAGCCAACAGAUGUAUCUAAAGAUAUGUCUUCAGACAUCUCUCCGUUGGAAGCAGGGCACAGUGGAAGCAAGCGGGAAAAAUAUAUGACCCUCUUAAAACGAGGAUCUACGAGCUCUGCGAUCAUUUGUCCGUGGGAUGUUGUUCUGAAAGAGACAGCAGCCGUGAGUUUGACUGAAGAGCAGAAGAAGGGGCGGUCUUUAUCUGUUGGUGCUGGUGUCUCAGGAUCACUUCUACAAGGCACGUCGAAUGCAAAAGGUGCAAAUAGUCCUUUGCAGCAGAAUAAACGAUUAGCGUUGUCACUGAAACAUCUCAUGUCACCGGGAAAGGCACGGAACAAAGGGAAUAAAGAUGGCAAAUCACAGGCCAUAGAUAAAUCUAAAAUUGCCGAUAUCUGUCCAUGGGACACAGGAGAUACCCAGACCAAGGAAACAUCAGUACAAAGUGAUAAAGCUGAAGGCACACAGAGCUGUCCCCGGGAUGCAGGUGAUAUGGAGAAACACGAGGAAAAAAGAUUGUCUAUAGAUAAAUCCAUAAUCUCAGGUGUUGGUCUUUCAACAAACUCUGCGAUCAUUUGUCCGUGGGACUUACUUUUGAAAGAGACAUCAGCCGUGGGUGUGAGUGGAGAGCAGAAGAAGGGGCGGUCUUCAUCUGUUUGUGCUGGAAUCCCGGGAUCAUUUCUCCCAGGCACGUUGAAUGCAAAAGGUGCAAAUAGUCCUUUGCAACAGAAUAAACGAUUAGCAUUGUCACUGAAACAUCUCAUGUCACCGGGAAAGGCACGGAACAAAGAUGGCAAAUCACAGCCCAUAGAUAAAGUUGCUGAGAUCUGUCCCUGGGAUGCAGGAGAUACUCAAAGCAAGGAUACAGCACAGCCCAUUGGUACAUCCAAAGCUGCAGAUAUCUGUCCCUGGGACACAGGAGAUACCAAGAACAAGGAAACUUCAUUACCCAUUGAUAAAUCCAAAGCCGCAGAUAUCUGUCCCUGGGACACAGGAGAUACUAAGAACAUGGAAACUUCAUUACCCAUUGAUAAAUCCAAAGCCGCAGAUAUCUGUCCCUGGGACACAGGAGAUACCAAGAACAAGGAAGCUUCAUUACCCAUUGAUAAAUCCAAAGCCGCAGAUAUCUGUCCCUGGGACACAGGAGAUACCAAGAACAAGGGAACUUCAUUACCCGUUGAUAAAUCCAAAGCCGCAGAUAUCUGUCCCUGGGACACAGGAGAUACCAAGAACAAGGAAGCUUCAUUACCCAUUGAUAAAUCCAAAGCCGCAGAUAUCUGUCCCUGGGACACAGGAGAUACCAAGAACAUGGAAACUUCAUUACCCAUUGAUAAAUCUAAACUUGCAAAUGUCUGUCCCUGGGAUGCAGGUGAUACUGAGAGGAAAGAGGAAAAAAUAUCACCCACUGAUGAAUCCAGAUUUGCAGAUAUCUGUCCAUGGGAUACGGUUACCCAAGAGACAUCCAUAACGAGUAUCAAUGAAAAUCAGAAGAAGGGACGGUCUCAGUCGGUUUUUGCUGCUAUCCCAGGAUCAUUUUUACAAAGCACCUUGAAAGCAAAAGGUGUAAAUGAUUUCUUGCCACAAUCCAAAUGGUCAGCACUGUCACUGAAACUUAGAACAGCAAAGGGAAAUGCGAAAGACAGUGAGAACAAAGGAAAAUCAUUGCUCAUGAAUAAAUCGAAAGCUGAGGAUAUCUGUCCUUGGGAAACAGAAGAUACUCAGAGCAAUGAGGAAAAAUCACAGCCCAUGGAUAGAUCCAAUCUUUCCGAUGUUUGUCCCUGGGAGACAGACACAGCAGCAACGGGGGAAAGUCAAACAGUUGCAAAGGCUAAAAGUGACGUAACCUCAACCUCCCCUUGUGACAUGGAGGCAGUGACGGCAACUCAUGUGGUUAAUAAGGAAGGUGGGCACCCAAUAGAUAAGGAGAAUGUUGGUGGCUCGGCUGACAGCUGUCCAUGAAAUUCGAGUUUGUUGAGAUGCCAAAGUUAAAUACUCACAGACUGUGAAAUGGUUCGAUUUUAUGGAAAGUGUUCCCAAAGCAUCAGGAAAAUAAAUCAUUGAUUGCAAGAUUUCAAGUGUAAAUAUAUAGUGUGCAACACAAUAAACUCCUUCUUCCCAAAAGCAUGGCUGAUAAUAUUCUCGUGGGUAACUCAAUAUUCAAUUUUGCCUGUUCCUAAAUGUAAUAAAAGCAAGUGGAAAUUACACACUCCUAACAGUAAUGGUCACAGAAGCCUUGAGUCAUACGGCAAUCUGAAACAGGCCCUUCAGCCCACAUGUCCAGGGUGAUGAUGUGACUGUC